UUUUAUUGCCAUCCCUUGAUGUUAAACAGGACGUCUCCAUGGAUACAGGAAUAAACAGAUGAUAACAAGCCCUCAGCCUUUAAAGCCCGUUUCAGAUGGGAGUAACAGGAGAGACAGAGAAAGAGAGAGAGAGAGAGCAGGACAGGAUAGAAGUUGUGCAGACCCGGGUGCGUGUGUGUGUGGAUUGCCAGCAGCUGGAAGUCAGUAGCACAGAAUACCCAAUAUGGCAGAAAGCACAGAAAUGGACCAGCUUCUGACCGCCUUUAAGAAGUUUGCUGUUCAUGGUGACACCAAAGCCACUGGAAAGGAGAUGAAUGGUAAAAACUGGGCUAAACUGUGCAAAGACUGCAAAGUUAUUGACAGCAAGAAUGUCACCAGCACUGAUGUAGAUAUUGUCUUCACAAAAGUCAAAGCAAAGACAUCUCGGGUCAUAACAUAUGAGGAGUUCCAGAAGGCUCUGGAAGAAUUGGCCCCAAAGAGGUUCAAAAAUCAAAGCAAAGAAGAGGCACUGCAGUCUAUAUAUAAACUAAUUGAGGGAAAAGAACCUGCCAACGUUGGUGUAACGAAAGUGGCAAAAACUGGCACAGUGGAUCGGUUAACUGACACAUCUAAAUAUACGGGCUCACACAAGGAGCGCUUUGAUGAGAGUGGGAAAGGCAAAGGAAAAGGUGGGCGGGAGGAGAUUGUGGAGCACACGGGCUACGUAGGGGCCUACAAGAAUGCUGGGACUUACGAGGAGAAGACGAAGGCCAAGUAAGGCCACACUGUCUCCAUGUCAACAAGCUCUGAGCUUCAUCUUUAUCAGCACUUAGGUCUGGACCAAAGCCAAACUUGAACUUUGACCUGUAAAGACACAGCCACUAUGCAAUGUAACACAGGAAGCGUUGUAAAUCUAUAAACAUAGUAUUACAAUCGGUUUUCAUUAGAAAGUUGAAAGAAGGGUAAGAAGACUGGUGAGGACUGGUCUCACUCCUUUUAUACAGACCAGCAUCUGCUGUACAGUAUGUAGGAUUUCAGGUGAAAAUCUCAAAGAGCAAGCAUGAAGACAGCUCUUCAAGUGGGGCAACAGAAAAGUGGUGUAUUUUAUGUUAUUGUUUAAUAGUUACAAGAAAGGUGCAUCUAAACAUCACAUGUGUAUAGAUAGGCCUGCGUAAUUGCUGUCAUUAAGUUCUAACAAAAUAUUCAUUGCUGAAACCUGUCAAAAAUGUCAUUCUUCAAAGGACAAUGGUAAACCAGCUUUAUGUGCGUAUUAGCUACCCUUCUGUUAUUAUUUCCAAAUAUUAAUAGUCAUUGCAUUGUUUUAGUUAGCUUACUGUGUAACUGAAACUGGAAACUGCCUUUGUAUAAACCGUUACUAAAUUACUUUUGGGGUGUUUUAUUUUAAGUUUUGUUUUUGUAUUUUGGUCUAUUUUAAAUAACAUAUAAAGUACAUUAACAACAACUGCAGUUGAUGCAUCAUGAUGUUGGUAAAAAUAUCAUACUCGAGGUCUCUUGUCAUUCCUGGUUUUGUAAGGUUGAAACCUUUUUUUUUUUUUUUUUUGACUUGUUUAGCACUUGGCAUGUAAUGUUAAAAUGCAAAUAAAUGCAAAUAAAGUUCUUUGUACCUGCCUGUGCUUC